CCGGUCGGCAUUUUGUUCUGCGAGAGGGAGAGAGAGUCUGAGUGGACCCUUUUAUCACCGCGUCAGUCGUCUCUGAAUUUUUUCUUCCCCCCUUCUGAUUGUUUAAAAAAAAAACUGUCGAAUUUUUAUCACAAUCCCCCCCCUUCCUCCCCGCGGUUGGCGUGAAGACGGAGGACAGCCCGGACGAGCCGAUGUUUUUCUAGUUUCUCCAGUCCGAGCCUACAUGUUUGCAGUGAGACGGAAGAAGAGCGAACCCUCCCGACCCGGAUUAUUGUUGUUAUAUUAUUUCUCGGAGGAGCUGUGAGGGAGAGAGAGAGCGAGGAGAGAGAGAGAGAGCGAAAGGCACACACUCGGACCGUUUACAGCCCCCUUUUUUUCUUUUUCUUUUUUAACGAAGAAUUCUGAGCGUUUGGGAGAUGUGAAGUAAGGUUAGACGACACCGAAACUGAGCAAUCUGUGCAUUGACACGAUCACCCCACAACUUCAGGAUGAAUGGGGAUAUGCCUCAUGUUCCCAUCACCACUCUUGCUGGGAUUGCUAGCCUCACAGACUUAUUAAACCAGCUUCCUCUCCCAUCCCCUCUCCCUGCCACCACCACUAAAAGCCUGCUGUACAAUGGGAGGAUUGCAGAAGAAGUCAACUGCCUUCUGGCUUGUCGGGACGAGAACCUGGUGUCACAGCUUGCGCACAGCCUCAACCAGGUUUCCACAGAUCACAUAGAACUGAAGGACAACCUUGGCAGCGAUGAUCCAGAGGGGGAUAUUCCAGUGCUGCUGCAGACCGUCCUGACCAGGAACCCCAAUGUUUUCAGGGAGAAAAGUAUGCAGAAUCGAUAUGGGGUUCAGGGCGGUAUGAUGCAGCAGCCCAUGAUGCCUCAGUACAAGAUGGCACAGAAUUCCAUGCAUGGCAGCCCAGCACCUUCCAACUACCAGCAAACCACUAUCUCUCACAGCCCUUCCAGCCGCUUUGUUCCACCACAGACGAGCUCUGGUAAUAGAUUUAUGCCUCAGCAGAAUAGCCCUGUACCCAGCCCUUAUGCCCCACAGAGCCCUGCAGGAUACAUGCCGUAUCCACACCCUCCAAGCUACACUCAGCAUCAACAGAUACAGCAAGAGUUACAUGGCUCCCCUCUUGUAUCUGCACCUACAUAUUCAGGAAGCCCUCAGAGGCCGGUGCAGCCCUGUCUGAUAGUGCAAACUCAGCCCUCACCACAGCAGAACCCAUCUACCCCAACUUUAGUGGCCAGUCCUAUGGUUCCUGGCGGCAUGAGGAACAUUCAUGAUAACAAGGUUUCUGGGCAGAUGUCUAGCAACUCCGCUAACCACCAUGCUGACAAUUCCAGGCAUGGAUCAAAUGAAGAUUACCUGAACAUGGUGCAUAGGCUAGGAAGUGAGGAAAGCGAUCCCUCCAUGAGAAACGCAUCCUUCCCUCUCAGAUCCCCCCAGUCUGUGUGCUCUCCAGCAGGCAGUGACGGGACCCCAAAAGCUGGAUCCAGGCCGCCCCUCAUAUUACAGUCCCCACCCCCUUACACCUCUCCCAGAGACGCUCCACCAGACCUCUUAAUGGACUCUCCAGACAGGAAGAAGAAGCAGAAGAAAAUGAAAAUGAGCAAAGAAGAAAAAGAACAGGCAGACAAGGCAGCGAUGUACGACAUCAUCAGCUCUCCAUCAAAGGACUCCACAAAACUCACCUUAAGACUUUCUCGUGUGAAAUCUUCAGAAAUGGACCCACAGGGAGAUCUCCUUCCUGGAAUGGACAACAGCCCCGAUCCUGAGGGAGACAUGGCUUAUAACAACAUGCAAUAUGCAGGCCAGCCGCCCAAGACGCCAGCGGCCCCCCAGGAUGUACACCGAACCAACGCUACACAGUGCCUGACGCAGAACGAGCAGGCCGGCUUUCUCCCUGCGCAGCAGGUGCCGGUUUUACAAAACACGUCGGUGGCGUCGGCCAAACAGCCGCAGCCUCCCGGAGUGCCGAUGCCAGGAGCUCCUGCCCAGCCCCUCUCCGCCACCACUCCCUACGACGAGGUGGAAAUGGACGCUCUGGCGGAGAUCGAGAGGAUAGAGCGGGAGUCUGCCAUCGAGCGAGAGCGCUGCUCGAAAGAGGUGCAGGAUAAAGACAAGCCGCUGAAGAAGCGGAAGCAGGACUCGUACCCGCAGGAGCCUGGGGCCGGUGGAACGGCCGGUUCUACAGGCGGGGCUGGUGGAGGUGGUGGAGGAGGAAACGCCGGGAAUAAGGCCACUCCUCAGGAGGCCAGUGCUGCUGGAAACGGAGCUAGCCGUCCGGCCCUGAUGGUGAGCAUCGACCUGCAGCAGGCCGGGCGGGCAGAGGGCCAGCUUGACCCCUCUCUUCCUGCUCCCACUGGCGCUACAGAGGCGCAGAAAUGGACUGAGGAGCAGCGCGGCGUGCCCGCUGCUGCCUCUGGCCCGGCCGGAGAUGGCUCUGUCAGUGGCUGUCAGGAGGAGAUGACAGGUGUCCUCAGGCUCAAACCAGACAACCAGCCAGAGAACCCUAGGAGGAAGUCAGAAGAUGUUCAGAAGGCUGCUGAUGGGAGACCUGAGGUCAUUAAACAUAGGUCUGAGACUCCCAAACAGAAAGGGAGCUCAGACAGUAAGCCUGAGACCCCCAAACAGAAAAAUGAGAGCCACCCAGAAACACCCAGACAAAAGAGUGUAGAUGGCAGGCCAGAGACCCCCAAACACAAGCACGAUAACCGUCGGGACUCCAGUGGGAAGCCCGUCAGCUCGGAGAAAAGGAUGGAGAUGUCGAAACACAGGCAUGAUGGCAAACCGGAUUCUGCCAAGUUGAAAUCUGAAGGCAGAGGGCCAGAGACACCCAGGCAAAGGCCAGAUGGGCGCCCAUCAUCCUCUUCCUCUGAGUCUUCACGCCGCGACCACGAUGGUCACAGACAGCGAUCAGAGGAUCGACCUGAAUCUGAGCGACACAGGGGAGAUCCUUCUAGGAUCAGGAGGCCUGACACCCCUAAGUCCUCGAGCAGAGGGGAUCACGACUCCAGACAUGGCAAGUCUGACAGCUCCCGAGACAGGGAGAGAGACCGAGAGAGGAAGCAGAGAAAUGAGUCGGGGGAUUCUAGGGAGAGACGCUCCCCUGAAGAGCAGAGAUCCCGCCCCGAGAGCCCAAGGGUCAAACAGGAACCGAGGACAGACUCCAGCAGCCGACUCCGCACAGACAGACCUGGCUUCAAAUCCCCCAGCAACCGGGAUGAGCGGCGUUCAGAUGGCAGCAAAGGAAGGUCAGACUCGCAUAAGCAGCCGCCUGAUACCAAGCCUGAGUUCCCCACAUACCUACUGGGAGGCAAGUCGGGAGCACUGAAAAACUUUGUAAUUCCUAAAAUCAAACGGGACAAAGAUGGUAAUGUCACUCAGGAAACAAGGAAGUCUGAUUCCAGGGAUGAAAAGGUAAAGAUGGAGAAGAUGGGCCUUGUAGAGGAUUUGAACAAAGGAGCGAAACCAGUGGUGGUGCUUCAGAAGUUAACUUUUGAUGAAGUUCAAAAAUUUAUAAAGGAGAGAGAAGACAGGAAUGCAAGGAGCUCUAAAUCUGGGAAGAACCGACCAUCCUCCAAAUCUGGUAAAGGUGGAAUAGACCAGUCAGUGCUAAAGGAGCUGCCCCCAGAGCUGCUGGCGGAGAUUGAGUCCACCAUGCCACUGUGCGAGCGGGUGAAGAUGAACAAGAGAAAACGUACCACAGUCAACGAGAAACCAAAAUAUGCCGAAGUCAGCUCAGACGAAGAAAGCGACGGGACUGUUGAGUCUGCCCGAAAGCGGCACAAGAAGGACCGGGACAAACCGUGGGAGUGCGAGGAGCGGGAGCGGAGGGGCUCAGGGGAGCACCGGAGGAGCGGGCACUUCCACGAGGGCAGGAGGAGCUCGGGCAGCCGCUACCGCGAGCGCAGCCCCGACGACUCCGAGGAGGACUCCCCACCACCCAGCCUGAGCGACAUUGCCAGAAAAAUGAAGAAAAAAGAAAAGCAGAAAAAGAGGAAAGCAUACGAACCUAAACUUACACCUGAAGAAAUGAUGGAUUCGUCAACUUUUAAGAGGUUCUCAGCCAGCAUUGACAACAUUUUGGAGAAUUUGGAAGACAUGGAUUUCACUGCAUUGGCGGAUGAUGAUGAAAUUCCACAAGAGUUACUGUUGGGAAAGCAUCAGCUUAGUGAACUAGGAAGUGAAUCUGCUAAAAUUAAAGCCAUGGGAAUUACAAGCAGGAUUCCAGCAGAUAAACUGGUGAAGGUUUUGAAUAUUUUAGAAAAGAAUAUACAGGAUGGUUCAAAACUUUCGACACUCAUUAACCAUGAUAAUGACACUGAGGAUGAGGAGAGACUUUGGCGGGAUCUCAUCAUGGAGAGAGUGACAAAAUCUGCUGAUGCUUGUCUCACUGCCCUCAACAUUAUGACUUCCACCCAUAUGCCCAAAGCGGUGUAUAUUGAAGACGUGAUAGAGAGGGUCCUACAGUACACUAAAUUUCACUUGCAGAACACACUAUACCCUCAGUAUGAUCCUGUCUACAGGGUGGAUCCACAUGGAGGUGGCGUUUUGAGUUCCAAGGCUAAGCGUGCAAAAUGCUCCACCCACAAGCAGCGAGUGAUCGUGAUGCUAUAUAACAAAAUCUGUGAUAUUGUCAGCAACAUGUCUGAGCUGCUAGAGAUACAGCUGCUCACAGACACUACCAUUCUGCAGGUUUCGUCAAUGGGCAUUACACCCUUUUUUGUGGAAAAUGUCAGCGAGCUGCAGCUGUGUGCCAUCAAGUUAGUGACUGCUGUGUUUUCAAGAUAUGAAAAGCACAGACAGCUGAUACUGGAGGAGAUCUUUACAUCCCUAGCCAGACUGCCAACGAGUAAGCGAAGCUUGAGGAACUUCAGGCUGAACAGCAGUGACAUGGAUGGAGAGCCCAUGUACAUACAGAUGGUGACUGCUCUGGUCCUGCAGCUCAUUCAGUGUGUUGUGCAUUUGCCAUCGGAGAAGGAUUCUAACACUGAAGAUGAAUAUGACAAAAAGGUGGAUCAAGAUGUUCUGAUAACAAAUUCUUAUGAAACCGCAAUGAGAACAGCUCAGAACUUCCUCUCUGUUUUUCUCAAAAAGUGUGGCAGUAAGCAGGGUGAGGAGGAUUACCGGCCACUGUUUGAGAAUUUUGUGCAAGAUCUCCUGUCCACUGUUAACAAGCCAGAAUGGCCUGCUGCUGAGCUCCUGCUCAGUCUCCUGGGCAGGUUGCUGGUACAUCAGUUCAGUAACAAGCAGACAGAGAUGGCACUGAGGGUGGCUUCCCUUGAUUAUCUUGGGACUGUUGCUGCAAGGCUCAGGAAAGAUGCAGUGACGAGCAAAAUGGAUCAGAGUUCGAUAGAUCGCAUUCUGAAACGGUCUUCGGGUAAUGAUGAUAUCCAGCAGCUUCAGAAGACAUUACUGGAUUACCUGGAUGAAAACGCUGAGACUGACCCAUCGUUGGUUUUUGCGCGGAAGUUCUACAUUGCUCAGUGGUUCCGGGACACUACAACAGAGACAGAAAAGGCCAUGAAGACGCAGAACCAGAAGGAUGAGGAUUCAUCAGAGGGGACGCACCAUGCAAAAGACAUAGAGACGACGGGAGAGAUCAUGCAGAAAGCAGAGGCUCGGAAGAAGUUCCUUCGUUCAAUCAUUAAAACUACACCAUUGCAAUUUAGCACAUUAAAAAUGAACUCUGAUACUGUGGACUAUGAGGAUUCCUGCCUGAUUGUCCGAUAUUUGGCCUCCAUGAGGCCGUUUGCACAGAGCUUCGAUAUUUAUUUAACACAGAUUCUGCGGGUUCUGGGAGAGAGCGCAAUUGCUGUCCGGACGAAAGCCAUGAAAUGUCUCUCAGAGGUAGUAGCUGUGGAUCCAAGCAUUCUGGCCAGGCUGGACAUGCAGCGUGGUGUUCAUGGACGGUUGAUGGAUAACUCCACCAGUGUGAGAGAGGCAGCAGUGGAGCUACUAGGACGCUUCGUUUUGAGUCGGCCACAGCUUACUGAGCAGUAUUAUGAUAUGCUAAUAGAGAGAAUUCUGGACACUGGUAUCAGUGUGAGGAAAAGGGUAAUUAAGAUCCUCCGAGAUAUCUGUCUUGAACAGCCGACAUUCAAUAAAAUUACAGAGAUGUGUGUGAAAAUGAUUCGCAGAGUCAAUGAUGAAGAAGGCAUUAAGAAACUAGUGAAUGAAACAUUCCAGAAGCUCUGGUUCACUCCCACUCCCAAUCAUGAUAAAGAAGCGAUGACCAGGAAAAUACUCAAUAUCACUGAUGUGGUUGCUGCCUGCAGAGAUACUGGUUAUGACUGGUUCGAGCAGCUUCUUCAGAAUUUGUUGAAAUCUGAAGAGGAUGCCUCUUACAAGCCAGCAAAGAAGGCAUGUGUACAGCUUGUUGACAAUCUAGUAGAGCAUAUCCUCAAGUAUGAGGAAUCUCUAGCAGAUUCGGAAAAUAAAAGUGUAAACUCCAACCGCCUGGUUGCAUGCAUUACUACUCUGUACCUGUUCAGCAAGAUUCGUGCGCAGCUGAUGGUGAAACACGCGAUGACCAUGCAGCCGUACCUCACCACCAAGUGCAACACCCAGAGUGACUUCAUGGUCAUCUGCAACGUAGCCAAGAUCCUGGAGCUGGUCGUGCCUCUGAUGGAGCACCCUAGUGAGACUUUCCUCGCCACCAUCGAGGAGGACCUCAUGAAGCUCAUCAUUAAAUAUGGCAUGACUGUGGUACAGCACUGUGUGAGCUGCCUGGGGGCUGUGGUCAAUAAAGUCACACACAACUACAAGUUUGUUUGGGCGUGCUUCAACAGGUAUUAUGGCGCAAUAACCAAGUUAAAGACGCAGCAUCAAGAGGAUCCAAACAGCACUGUUCUCACUGCCAAUAAACCUGCACUACUUCGUUCACUCUUCACUGUUGGUGCACUGUGUCGACAUUUUAACUUUGACCAGGAGGAGUUCAAAGGCAGCAACAAGGUUGUCAUAAAAGACAAGGUACUGGAGCUGCUGCUCUAUUUCACCAGACAUGAAGAUGAAGAGGUGCAGACAAAAGCCAUCAUUGGUUUAGGGUUUUUGUUUAUUCAGCACCCAAGCUUGAUGUUUGAGCAGGAUGUCAAGAACCUGUACAAUGGUAUCCUCUCAGACAAGAACUGCUCCGUUAAUCUGAAGAUCCAGGUCCUGAAGAACCUGCAGACUUACCUGCAGGAAGAGGACACCCGCAUGCAGGAGGCUGACCGGGAGUGGAAAAAACUGUCGAAACAGGAGGACUUAAAAGAAAUGGGUGAUAUAUCUUCAGGCAUGAGCAGUUCAAUAAUGCAGCUCUACCUCAAACAGGUUCUUGAGGCGUUCUUCCACACGCAAUCCAACGUUCGCCAUUUUGCUCUAAAUGUAAUUGCCCUUACACUAAACCAAGGUCUCAUUCACCCAGUCCAGUGUGUGCCAUACCUGAUAGCCAUGGGAACAGACCCCGAGCCCAGCAUGAGGAAUAAAGCAGAUCAGCAGCUGGUAGAGAUUGAUAAGAAGUACACAGGAUUCAUUCAUAUGAAGGCUGUGGCAGGGAUAAAGAUGUCGUACCAGGUACAGCAAGCCAUCUGGGCGUCCCAGGACACGAUCAUCAGAGGUUUCCGACAGGACGAGCAGCACACGGCCUUGUGCUCCCACCUUUUCACCAUGGUGCGAGGAAACAGGCAGCACAGAAGGGCCUUCCUCAUCUCCCUGCUCAACCUCUUCGACGACAGUGCUAAAACGGAUGUGAAUAUGCUGUUGUAUAUAGCGGACAAUCUGGCCUGCUUCCCGUACCAGACGCAGGAGGAGCCUCUUUUCAUAAUGCAUCACAUAGACAUCACGCUGUCGGUAUCAGGCAGCAACCUGCUCCAGUCCUUCAAGGAGUCCCUGCGGAAAGAACCCAGGCCGAGGGAGCGGAAGUACUGCUCCGAGGAGGAUGAGGAUGACAUCAGCGGCAGCAGUGAGGACGGAGAAGUGAGGCGGCCAAAGAAGUCGAAGCGGCACGUGAACUCGGACUCGGACUCGGAUUCCGACAUGGAGGCUGAGGAUGUAGAAAAGGUGAUGAGCAGGUUACCAGACAACCCUGCCCCUCUCAUCGACUUUGCCAACGCUUCCCAAGGAAUCCUUCUCCUCCUGGUCCUCAAGCAACACCUAAAGAAUCUGUAUGGAUUCUCCGACAGUAAAAUCCAGAAGUACUCCCCGACCGAGUCUGCAAAAGUGUACGACAAGGCUGUGAACAGGAAGUCAUCGGUGCAUUUUAACCCCCGGCAGACGAUCGAGUUUCUUGCCAAUGACAUGGCGAAUACGGAGAUGACAUACGAAGUCAAGAGAAAGAUCGUCAAGCAGUACCUUGAUUUUAAGUUACUAAUGGAGCACUUGGACCCUGACGAGGAGGAUGAGGAGGGGGAGGCGUCGGCCAGCGCGAAUGCCCGAAAUAAAGCGAUCAAUGCGCUGCUGGGAGGAUCCAGCCCCAAGAACAACACCGCGGACACCGAGGACGACGAGAGCGAUGGAGAGGAGAAGGGAGGAGCACCGGGGUCAUCAAGAAAGUCCAGGCGAGGUGGAGAGUCGGCAGAAGUUGCAGGCCAUUUGAACGAGACUGUGGAAGCCAUGGACGUCAUCGCGAUCUGCUGCCCUAAGUACAAGGACCGACCACAGAUUGCCAGGGUGAUCCAGAAGACCAGCAGCGGCUACAGCGUUCACUGGAUGGCAGGCUCUUAUAGUGGUGCCUGGGCUGAGGCCAAGAAGCGAGAUGGACGCAAACUGGUGCCUUGGGUAGAUACUAUUAAAGAGUCGGACAUCAUUUACAAGAAAAUUGUUCUGACGAGCGCACAUAAGCUGACUAAUAAAGUGGUUCAGACUUUACGAUCGCUGUAUGCAGCUAAGGAUGGGACUUCCAGCUAAUGACUUACAACUUGCAGCCAAAUUCACAGGGACUGAAAAAGAAAAGACAAAAAAAAACUUGAAAAUGCAACAUUCUGGCAAAAAAAAUUGUGGUCUGUGAAGAGCUCACGAGAGGUGGAUCCAGGACACGUUUAAAUAAAACACAGAAACAGAAGGAAAUGUUUGGAAAACAUUUUGUGGGAGCUUCCUUCGCUGUUGUGCAGCAGAAACUUCUCAUUUGAUUUCUACUCCCACUGUAUCAUAGUUUAACAAAAAAUGUUUAUAUCUCGAAAAAAAUUCUGUUUAAAAAAUAAACUUAAAAGUGAAUGUUGGAAAUUAGUCUGUUAAUGUUCUUAAUAAAGUGUUCUUGGAGUUUAACCUAGCGACGGAUGGCUUUCUUUAGCUUAGCUCAGUUUCCAGGGAAGCGUUUUGUUUUUUUUCCAUGCUGUAAAAUGGCAGAAUCUCCUGGAUAUAAUUUAUUCUGUUGAAAAAAGAAGCAUGCAGUAUCUGUGGCCUAUCUGCAGGAGGAGUUUUUUGUAAAUGUAGAUUUUGAUGUAUUAGGUCACCCUGGUAAUAAGAGAAAAGGGAUCCCCAGCAAAACUGGCGGAACAAAUACUGCAAUAAAUUUUUUUACUUCUCUUUGUUA